GUGAAAAGAGAGAUCAUGGAGAAGUCAAGUAGUGAGGAUUCUUCAAUUCACCGGAGUCCAUCUUUGGAUAGCAAAGACUCAGAUUUUGCUAAACCUUCUACCUCAGGGAGGCAAUUUGGUCGAGGUUUUACUGCUGGAGCUUUCUAUGGUACAACUGGAUCACGCGCACAGAGCCACGCUGGGGUCGGAACCAGGACCGGCGUUGGGACUGGGACUGGCGUAAAAAGUGACAAAUACAGUGCACCCAAAGGCAGCAAAUAUGUGGUCUUUUACCUGGAUCUAUCCUUUGUUUUCCUUUUAGAAUUUAAGAAGUGCAACAUGGCAAGAGGCUGCCUGUGUUGUUUGAAAUACAUGAUGUUCCUUUUCAAUUUAAUAUUUUGGUUAUGUGGCUGUGGGCUGCUGGGCGUGGGCAUCUGGCUGUCAGUGUCACAAGGAAACUUCGCCACAUUUUCUCCUAGCUUUCCGUCGCUUUCAGCUGCCAACCUAGUCAUUGCCAUUGGCACAGUCAUCAUGGUGACGGGCUUUCUGGGCUGCCUAGGUGCUAUCAAGGAAAACAAGUGCCUCCUGUUGAGUUUUUUCAUCGUUUUGCUGAUAAUUCUCCUGGCAGAGCUGAUAUUACUCAUUUUGUUCUUUGUUUUUAUGGACAAGGUCAGUGAGAGUGCAAAGAAGGAUUUGAAGGAAGGCAUGAAGCUAUACAAUUCAGAAAAUAAUGUUGGACUGAAAAACGCAUGGAAUAUUAUUCAAGCAGAGAUGAAAUGCUGUGGUGUGAAUGACUUUACGGAUUGGUACCCGGUGCUGGGAGAAAACACUGUCCCAGACCGAUGUUGUACAGAGAACUCCCAAGACUGUGGACGGAACUCCACUGAAUUAGUGUGGAAAACAGGAUGUUAUGAGAGAGUUAUGACUUGGUUCGAUGAGAAUAAACAUGUACUGGGUUCAAUUGGGAUGUGCAUCCUCAUAAUGCAGAUUCUUGGCAUGGCCUUCUCCAUGACACUCUUCCAGCAGAUUCACAGGACUGGCAAAAAAUAUGAUGCCUAAAGCCUCUGAAACAUUAUCACAUCAACUCUUCUCUGUCUCAUCAUAAAAAUCAACAAAAGGAAUGACUGCAAAGAGUAUCAAGCCUAGCCCUGCUGAGGGAAUCUGUCCCAUUGACCGAUCUACAUUGUUGUUACUUGUCCAGUUAUUAUCACAACUUGUUGACUCAUUUUUUAAUCUGUUUCACAUUUGCCAUUUAUUUGCCAAAGAGGGGGGCAACCCCCCAAACAAAUGGAUUUUCUACACGAAAUCAUAGAUCUGCUCUAAGAAUGUUUCUUAACUUAAGAAAAUGUUUUGCUCUACUAAUACAUGCUAUAUGUGCAAAAAUUAUGUGUGUUCAACUUCCAGGGAUAAUUCUUCAAAGUCUUCCAUUAAGUUUUCAACCCUCAUGUCCAAUUUACUGGAAGACUCCGAAAAGCCACUCUUGAGAGUCCUAGGAAUCGGAGCUGCUUUGCUUUGCAGCUUCUUGUACCUUAUGGUGUAUACUUUUUUAUUAUGUUAAUGAUGAUGAUUAUUAUUAUGAUGGGUAUAGCUUAAAAUUUAGUUGCCUGACUUAUAACUUCUUACUGUUUAUGGUUUUACACAUUUAUUGUACAUUAAUUUGGGAACCACUGUGCAAUCUUCAGAGGACAUGUUUUUCAAAGUUGACAGUUGGUGAGGGCAAAUAAAGACAUAACUUUUCUCAAGUCCACAGGGAGGCAUCAUCUACCUUUAUCAGGGCCUUGAUACUGUAACCAAGGUGGUUCCUUUCAAAUCAGAGGCUCUUUACUCAGAUGGAAUGCAAUGCCUUCCCAUUGGACCAGAUGGUGGUGACUUUCCUACUCCUAUGAGGCAAAGUUCCAAUGCCUUUACUCAGCCAAAGCAGUGUCUGGCUGCUUUGACGUCAUGCUACUUUGAAAGCUAAAAGUACUGACUAAGCAAGUUACUGCUCCCUGGCACGAAGGAGAGAGAUUUCAGUCUGACCUACUGGCCAGUUGGCAGCAGAUUGUGUUGUCUGCUUCAAAAAGUUUGCCCAAAGCAUGGCAUGCUUCUGCCUAUGAGGGAAGGGGAUGGCAAUUUGAUGGCAACAUUGUCAUGCCAUGCCCUUCCUUGAAGGGGUUUCCUCAGGCAGAUGACAGCUGUCUUCCUGAGCUGGAAAAGGUGGUUUGAUUAAAGGUGACCAGAUGAUGCAGGAAAGGGGCGAUUUCCAAAACAGCACUCAGAGAGAGUAUGUGUUGUCACACACUCAGUAUAGGCUUGGUUCUUGCUGAUAGAUUGCCAAGUCCAUCCAGUGGGGUAGUUCAGAUUUCACUGCAAAGUGUAUUUUUACCAACAUUCCUGUUAGAAAACUUGAGCGUACGCUUCUCUAGUUUGAAUGCUGCUUCGUUGCAAGCAGCCCCCAUUUACCCUUUGUUCCAGGUUUUUGCUGUUUUGUGAAGGAAGAAGAAAAGGCUCAGGCAUUGGAGGAUGUUCUGAUUUGACUCCAGUCAGGGCUCAACACAGCUCUGAAAGAAACACUGCAUUUUGUAUUAGCAGCAGUCAGAAGUGACCUUCAAAGGUUACCUCAUCCAAUGUCACUCACAAAUGGGUGCUGUCAUCUACAUAUGAAGGGGUUUAAUGUGACAUUAUUGGGCUGAGUUUCAGAAACUGCUGAGGAUGGAGAUUUUGUGCCUUUCAGAGCCAUGCCAUGUCAAACUACUGCUCUGGUAAACAAGUUUCUCUUAAUGUCCACUCUGAAUAUUUAUACUUUAAACUCUUAAAAGAUAUAAUUUUAAUUGUAUCAUUCAGCCUAUCUUUUCUUUGUGGGCUGAAAUAGCUGUGGAGCUACUUCAUAUCUGGGAAUUUUUAGUCCCCUGUUUAUCUUCCUAGUAGGUCCUGCAUGCAUCUGUACAGCUGGCAUAUGGCAGCAAUAGUUUUUAGUCCCAUGUUAAUCUUCCUAGUAGGUCCUGCAUGCAUCUGUACAUCUGGCAGCAGUAGUGGUUUGUGUGGCCUAUGUGUCACUUUUUUGAGUUCCUUGUGAAAUCAGUGUGACAGGAAGGAGUGUGAACGUGUGGGAGAUGGACAUGAAUUUGGGUGUUGCAGUGAAGAAGGAGGUUACCAUUCUUAGAGCAUGGCCCUUGCCCAUAUAAGCAAAAUGCUCAAAGUUUCACAGGGCUCUUGUUUCCCACUGAAGCAGACAAUGCCAUAUGGGUUCAGCUAUUUCACUUGGAUUGCCUUGAAGAAGCAGAGGGAAAGCACAGAAACUGAAUCCAGUUUUACUUACAUUUCUAACAAAAAUUGGGACCAGGAGCAUCUAAGGCCACUGGAGAUGGAUGUUCCAUGUUGAAGAAGGGGCUCUGAUGCCCAGUGUACUUGCUGCUACAUGUAAGACUGUAUCCAAGGUUGCUAAGCUGCAUUCCCAUUUUUGCAAGAAAAGACAGGAUGAUUUUCAUCUGAUGGCUCCACUACAUUCUCCCUUUGGGCUGAGGCACUUAGCUUUCUCUAGCUUUCUCUGGCAUUGAAAAAGAGUGAGGUGCAGGGCUGAGCAGGAGCAUCAUCUCUGUCUUUCUGGGUCGCACAGUGGUACCUGCCACAUCUUAAAUUUUAAUCUGCAGUCAGUUUUUUUUACAAAAAAAAUGGUAAAAUAUAUUAGUGAAAGUAAUAAGGAAAUAAAAAAUGUUUAUGAGUAACUCGAAGAUCAAAUGUGUAGUUGCAAACUCAGCUACUUUGCCUUCCAUUGUAUUUUUCUAGACAAACUUAUUUUCUAGAAUGCUUCAUUCCAUUUCACGAUCUAGCAGCAUAGAUCCUGAAAUCUUUUUUUUUUAAUGACUACUUUUGGCAUUUUAAGCACAGUAUUAAGUGGCAUAGUUAUACAAACUUCGUGUAUUCAUCUCUAUGAAGCCACCUACAGGAAGGGGGUCAAAAGCAGGGCUGAUUUGCGUCUUUAGCUGACUUUCUGAUGUAGGAGGUGACGACAGGCAUCCUGAAAGGAGCAGAAAAAUAAUGGCAUUUUCCAGGCAACAAAAAACAACCCUGGAAAGUGUAAGGCUGCAUCAGUCAGUUUGUCAGAAAAGGCACUAACUCUCCUGUAGACUGGUCAAAAGGAGCUUUGGCUCAUGUAUGGAUGCACUUUUUUUGCUUAUGCUGGUGCGUGGCUGUGUGUUUUCCCCAAAUGUCACUCUGAUUAUUUAACUAUAAGUUUUUAGCAUGUUUUUAAAUAAAAACUGAUACUAAGUAAAAGUAUCUUUAAUAUACACAAAUACUGAUUAGAAUAAAUGCAUACCUCUCUAAUUCAUGAAAGCACAGUUAAGUGUAUGAAAGUGCUGUUUCUUUGAGUGUUCCUUCAGUCUGUAGCAUACCUGCUGUCUCACUGUGCUUCAUGCUUGGAAGCUGCAGCAGAACUUAAGCAGAGACCUAAUAGAACUGCUUGAAGAACCUCUACUUGAAAGCUGUUGAAGUGAUAGCAGUGAAUUCUGUUCCCUCCUGGUGGUACCAAGGCUGUUAGUUAUAAGAAGCCCAGGUGGAAGGCACUCAAAAGAAGUGCCCAUAGCUAAGUAGCAUGUGAGAUGAUAAAAACAGAUGACAGAGGAUGCCUUGUAAUUGUCACGCACAGUGUUCCCGGACUAUGGUAAUGUUAGGCCAACUUUCCUAUCCUGUGUCCACCCCCCAUUUGUAUGCAUGAAAUGCAAACUUAGACACAGAAAGGGUGCAAGCAAAGGGCAGCCAAACUGAUCCUCAUGGCCUUUCUUGGGCAAUGUAUUGGUUCAGGCGUAGAAAUGGCACAGAGGAAAAGGGUGUUUUCGCAGCAGAUGGUUCUUGGGAGCAGCAUGGAAUAGGGCACACAUAAUUCUGAUGUAACUGCUUUCUGUAGAGUUGAGCAGCUUCAUCCUGUAGCUGGCAUGGGGAAACCUGGAGAUGUUUGCCUAGGGGCUAGCCAUCUGUUGUGCAGUAGAUAUUAGACACUAAGAAACAACAUACCCAUUCCCACCAGGUGAUGUUUGCAUCAGUGUUUCUUCUAUGCAAUACCUACUUUCACCUUUAUAUAAAAGAUUUUUACUAGGAUGAUAUAAAAAUAAAGGAUUUUUUAAAAGGUG